AUGGCUGCUGACUCUCAAGAUAUCUACAGAAAUCUGUCAGCGGAUGACUAUCAAGCUGCACCGAUUGUGGUGGAGAGCAUGUGUGCGAAUUGUGAAGAGAAUGGCGAAACUCGUAUCAUGUGCACAUCAAUUCCCUAUUACAAGGCCGUGAUUCUAAUGUCGUUCGAGUGCCCACACUGUGGCUACAAAAACAACGAAAUUCAGAGUGGCGAAGCGGUUCAGGAGCACGGAACGCUCGUCGUUCUUCGUGUACAGAAGCCAGAAGACUUGAGACGACAAUUGGUGAAAUCCGAGUACGCGUCGAUUGAGAUUCCCGAGCUGGAGUUGGAGAUCCCACACAAGUCACAGCCAGGAGAGGUGACAACAGUGGAAGGAGUUCUAGAGCGUGUGCAUCGUGGUCUAAGUCAGGACCAAGAGAAACGUCGUCUUCUGGAUCCAGAAGGCGCGGCUCAAAUUGACGCCUACUUGGCACGAAUUCAGAGUUGUUGGGAUCUAAAAGAGAAUUGGACACUUCGUCUGAGAGAUCCGACUGGAAACUGCUAUAUUCAGAAUCCAGAUGUACGGCACGUGGAUCCACGAUGCAUCAUUUCACAUUAUCACCGAUCGUUGAAUGAGAAGAAGCUGUUGGCACUGGCUGAUGAUAAUGAUCAAGAAGAGCCAGUUGAAGAAGAACCAGCACCGGAGUUCAAAUCCUACGACGAUGCGAAACAAGAAGUGCUCCAUUUCGCCACCGAUUGUCCCAAUUGUCACGGUCCCACUGAAGUCAAAAUGAAGCCAACAGAUAUUCCAUUCUUCCAAACUGUCAUCAUCAUGUCCCUUGCCUGUGAUCGAUGUGGUUACAAAUCCAACGAGGUCAAGUCAGGAGGAGCGAUUCGAGAUCAGGGAUGUCGGUUGUCUGUUCAGUUGCGAGAAGACGUGGAUUUGGCUAGAGAUGUUCUGAAGACUGACACGUGUGCACUGUCGAUUCCGGAAAUUGAUUUGGAAGUUGGUGGAAACGCGUUAUGUGGAAGAUUCACGACGAUUGAGGGGUUACUGACAGCUACUAAGGAGCAAUUGGAUGCACAGUCUUCGUUUUUCAUGGGAGAUUCUGCUGAAUCCGAAGAGAAAAGUGCGGUGAUGACGUUCCUGGAGAAGCUAGACGACAUCAUCGCUCUUCGUCUUCCUGCCACGAUUAUUCUGGACGAUCCAACUGGCUGUAGCUAUGUGCAAAGCUUGACAGCGCCAAUGGAUGAUCCACGACUGACCAAAGAGUUCUACACGAGAACUUUCGAGCAGAACGACGAUUUGGGAAUCAAUGAUAUGAAGGUGGAGAAUUAUGGAGAGUUGGAAGUGUUAAAGGAGGAUGAAGAAGGGGAAGAGGAGGCGGAGACGACGACGGUAGAAGCAUAG